AGGGGGAGAAGAGGAAGAAGGUUGAAAAAAUAAGUGACCUUUGAAAGCUAAACAGCAGGUGGAGAGCCAAAACCAGGCAGCUCAGGACUCCUCGUGAGGAAAGUCAACAUAAGAAAAAAUGAAAGUAUAUCUUUUUUCUACAAAAAUGGCCCAUCUGUCUCAGCUCUGAGUGUAAACGGCACAUGAGAGUUUGUUUGCAAAGCGGCAGCAGGUAAGGCGUCAGAGUAAUGGAGGGUGAGGAGAAGGCGAAGCCAAGCCGUCUGACUGCCCUUCAGGAGCAGCUGGUCUGGGCCCUGCUAGAAUCGGGCCUCUCCCGGGAGGUCUUGGUCCACGCCGUGGGGGAGCUGGAACGUGACAGGGGCAAUGGCAUUGAAAAAGGAGAGAGGGGGGACGGGGAGAGCUCCGAGGAGGGAGAAAUGGAUUACCCACCGCCGAUAUUCCGAGAUUUGGACAAGCUUCCCCCAGAGGAGGCGUCCAAACUAAGGGCUGAAGUGGAACGACUUCUGCAAGAGGACCCCUGGCACGUUGCAAAAAUGGUGAAAAGCUACAUGCAGCAACACAAUCUGCCUCAGAGAGAAGUGGUAGAGUCCACAGGACUCAACCAGUCGCACCUCUCUCAGCAUCUCAACAAAGGCACGCCUAUGAAGAACCAGAAGAGAGCUGCACUGUACAGCUGGUACGUCAAGAAGCAGUGUGAAAUCAGCCAGCAAUUCACCAAUGCCAAACACGGCUUCACGUCUGUAGAGGACCCAAGUGAAGAUAGCAGGAAGGGUCGGAGGAACAGGUUCAAAUGGGGACCAGCAUCCCUCCAGAUUCUUUUCCAUGCCUACGAACGACAAAAAAACCCCAGCAAGGAGGAGAGGGAAGGCUUGGUGGAGGAGUGUAACAGGGCAGAGUGUCUGCAGAGAGGGGUGUCCCCUUCCCAACUUGCUGGUCUGGGCUCCAACCUGGUCACUGAAGUCAGAGUGUACAACUGGUUUGCCAACCGCAGAAAAGAGGAAGCCUUCCGGCACAAGCUGGCUCUUGACACCCCUUUCACUGGCCAACCUGCUUCUUCGUCAAACGGCAACCUUCCUUCAAGUCCAGAGCUCAAUGUCAAAUACAGCCAUCAAAUCCCAUGUGACACCCUGAGCUCAACCAGAGGUAAUGGAGGGGAAAUUGUGGGCCGCCUUGUAUCCAGUCCUGUCCAACUGGAGCCGAGCCACACACUCCUUGAGAGCCACCCUGCCAAACUGGUGUCCAGUGGAGGCCCACUGCCCCCUGUAAGCACUCUGACCUCGCUGCACAAUCUGUCCUCCUCCCCUGCAUCAUCACAAGGCCUCAUUAUGGCUUCCUUGCCCAGCGUCAUGAGCCUAGGAGAAUCCUCACUUCUCAUUGGUCUGGCCUCAACACAACCUCAAACCAUACCUGUCAUAAACAACAUGGGAGGUGGGUUCACAACCCUCCAGCCAAUCUCCUUCCAGCAGCAGCUUCACGCCUCAGCCCAGCAGCCAAUGCCACAGCAGUUCCAGAGUCACAUGGGUGCCAGUCCUUUUAUGCUACCAAGUCACAUGUAUAACAAGACUGAUUCGCCUCAGUACCCUUCAUCUAGUCUGCUGUCUCAGGCCAUGGUCAUCGCUGACAGCAACAGCCUCGGCACACUGACCAGCCUCGCAUCUGUUAGACAGAUUCUAUCAGCAGAUCCUGAAGAGCACACAGACCCUUCACUGCAAGAAAGCUCUCUGCACCUUCAGCCACACACACCCGUACCAGCAUCAAGCCAGAGCCCAGAGUUGUAUCCUGCCUCCCAAGCAGAGAGCCACCAGUCUCACCUCCUGUCACCUUCACCAACAGACAUUAGCUCCUACAUUCCUACACAAAUGGUCUCGACUGCACAGUAGGCGUGCUCCAGUUUUGUUUGGUGGCCGCUGACUUGAAGCAUCAGCAAGUUCUGAUGAUUGCAAAAGGUUUUUAGGCUUCAAAAUGUGUAACAUGGUUAUUACAUGAAGAAGGAUCACUGUUAGAGAUGAUUUGCUUUGUACACAAACAGAAAAUGAAUGAAAAAUUACACCAAAAUGUAUAUUUAAAUACUUUUUUAUAACCUUGUUCACUUAGAACCUGUAAACUCAACAUUACAUGCAUUUUUUUUUCAUUUUUUUAAAUAUUGUUUUUGUGAACUGUAUGAGAAAUAGUAUUAAAAGGGCAUAUAAUUUUUUUUUUACAUAAAUUUACUGUCAACGUAUGACUAUUUACUAUAAGUAAAGAUAUAUGACCAUCUUCGUUUGAGGCUUGUAGAAAAAAAAAUACAUUUACAUUCACAAAUGGAGAUAGAAACAUGCUUAAAGUCUCAGUUCAAAACUUCUGUAUUGCCAUUCUGUUGCUUUUUCUUUUUCCGUUUGACUUGGUGGUGUUCAUGCUGUGAGGCUGCAAACGCCGUGUUGCUUUGAGCACCAGAAGAGCCAUCACAGUCCACCUGAGUGCUGCCUGCAUCAUCUACCCGUCUCUUCUUCUUUUUCUUUUUCUUCUUCUUAGGAAGGCUGUCCUCUUCACCAUCAGACUUCUUGAUCUUUUCUAAGUGGGGAGUUCCAGCUGCUGAUGAGGAGGGCAAAAGAUGGUUGAAUGACACUGCUGCCUCCUUCAGCCUCAUUUCCAUCUCGCUGUCGCUGUCACUGGACCAAACAAAAUGCAUAUUGUUGCAUUAAGACGCAUACAUCUUAUCCAGUCUGGUGUUCCACAUGUCAUCACUCUGCUAGAGCACUAUUCUGUCCAACCAUGUCUGCCUCCACUACCUUUCUCAAGACGACUUAUUCUCUCAGAAGACACCCUUCCUCACUUCCCUGAGCAUCAUGUCCUCCCUAGUAGCCUCAACUACUCUUUACCUUUUUCUUCCCUUGUCUCUGCUUUUCACAAACUCAAACUUGUCUUACCUGUUACCUUGUCUGCCCAGGAAAAACAACCUCUAUUUCUCCUGUGAACGCAACCUAGUCACCGCAACACACCACUACUGGUGCUGGGAAGGUGAACAACUCCCGAGUCUGAGAGCGACAAUGAGUACAUUAACUACUGCCUGUCUUCGUUUGUUCUUUUGCAUCAUCAAUUACUUCAUAGGCUGCUCUUUGCGGCGUGCAGCAGGACAGUGCAACGCACUGCCUCUCCACAACUUGAGUGUACAGUCAGGGUACAUGCACUUAAGUUUUUUACCUCUACGAUGGAUCCCGGCGUAGUUGAAAAUCAAAACCCAAAUAAGCCACUGCUUGCACAUUUACUUGUGAGUUUGGCCAGAGACCUCACUUCCUGUCUAGUUUAAUUCUUGUCUGCUCUCAACUCUCAAAGUUGAGACGUAAUGUUAUAAGUAAUAUACUGUAUGUUGGGCUGUCCCGAUACAACAUUUUCACUUCCAUUCCAAUUCUGAUAUUGCAGCCUUGAAUAUCGUCAGAUAACGGUAUCGAUCCAAUCAGAAAUCAGCAUAAAUGAUACUUUUUUUUUUUUUUUACUUUAGUAGUUUGGUACGUUACAAAAGGCUUGAUCAAGUGAUAUUACUCGGAGAAUAAGAGCAUCAGUAGGUAUGAGGAAAAACUGACCCAUUUACUUCUUGAUGCAUGCGGUGUAUGUAGUUUUCUCAAUAAUAAUCACAUAAUGUAGCAAGGCUCGACGUGCUCAAUGACGCGUUUAAAUCCAACAUUACUCACCACCGACAGGGGCUGGCUCUUUUCUCUUACAGCCAAUGUGUCAAACAGCAAUGCAUGUAUCAGGAAGGAAGUUGAAAAUAUCCUUCUUCAAACCCACAAUGAGAUUGGUCCUGUCAAAGUUCCCUGACUCUGUGCCACUACGAGUAACUUGUGGAUGGUAAGUAAGUUGCACUCAGCUGCAACGUCUUUUUCAGACUUUAACAAAAAAGACAGCCACACGGCUGACAUCACUCCUACUCUCCUACUCUAAACACGCGUGCACACACUAGCACACUGAUGUGAUCAACUGGAAUAUGCAUGAUGCACAAUGAGCAGAAGUGCUGCUGCUGGAUAGAAGUGCUAGAGGGCAGUCUGGAAUGUACUGCUUGUAUCGGAGGGCCAAUAUCGAAGGUUUUAGAUGCAGGCCGAUAUAUUCCAACAUUGUUUCAUCAAUAUCACACCGGGACACCCUUAGUGUAUGUCUCUACAGCCUGUUUAUGACCACCAAGCAGUCUGUCACCUCCCUCACUUCUUUACUCCACUUUUGAGAGAAGAGGCACUCAAACAGUCGGCUUUGAAGUUCCAGGUUUAAUGUCAUGAAGGAAAAAACCUCUUUCCUCAUGGACAUAAUUCCCCCAAUGACCUGCCCCUAGCUAGGCGAGUCCGUUCCAUGUUUGCGGCCACCAUUCAAGGAGGACAGCUUUGUAAAAAAAUUAAUAAAAGUUUACCUACACAUCUUAAAAUAAAUCCUGGAGCUCUGCAAACUAUCCAUCAGUCAGGUCCAGACUUGGGAGUUUUAUUUCGUUUCUCUUCAGAAAGUAGGCUUAACAUGAAAGACUGCUAAAAAGCGACUAUUGUUAGCACUCUUGCUGACAGAGCUAUGCUUGUAUUGCCCACAUUUGUGUCCUCCCUACUCCUUAAUGCUACAUUGUUUUAUCUGAUUAUUGGCAUCUAUUACGUUCGACAACUGCACACGUACGUGUAAAAAGAAAAUGCACAAAUUGUGCAAUUAGCAUAAAAGCUAAAGACACAAGAUGGCGUGCUUACUAAAACGCCUUUAAGCUGGCAAAAACCCAGCAUCAAGGAUAGAUUUUUGACAACACACUUUCACUAUUGUGAGACAUAUAAGACUCAAUAGAUUUAAAAAAAUAGUAUCAUAUGAAUCCUUCUUGAUGCUAGCCCAUGUUUUGUAAUCCAUGUGUGGGAGAAAGCGACAAAACGGCAAAGAAAAAGCAAAACGCACAGUUAAUGCUUUUAUGCCUGCUGAAAAAUUUUUUAGCUGGACUAAUUUUCCCUCAAAAUAUGGUUGUUUAUAUGUGCUCUGCGAUUGGCUGGCGACCAGUCCAGAGUGUACCCGUCUCUAGCCUGAAGACAGCUGGGAUAGGCUCAAGCAUACCUGGGACCCUGGGGAGGACAAGCGGUAAUAAAAAAAAAAAAAAAAAUGGAUGGAUGGAUGGUUUUCCCUCAAAAUGUGGAUUUGGAUUUCAUUCCGACAACAUUAUAGUUGUUCAACUUCUCCUGAAGAGAUUCUACAUUUUUGUUUAUUUCUGUUAUUUUGUUCAUUCAAAAGGGCCUUGUGGACCUUCUUCAUGGACCACAAAAUGUUGUGUCUCCGUGUGUGUGUCCUGAUGUAGGAAAACAAACCUUGAGCUGGGAAUAGGCCGACGUUGUACCGGAGGAGGUGGAUCAUCUGCUGGCUGUCCUGGGAUUGAGGUAGAGAAUAGACGAAACCCUACAAGGGGAGCAACACAUUUGACCACAACAUAGAAUGCAUAUAGAAAACCAGCAAACACUGAAAGAGUACAUUUACAGUACCUUCUUCAUUAUCAUCGGAUUCUGUAGUCUUACAAAUUAAUAUCUCUGUCUGGAUAUCUGAAAAGUGACUGAGUCAAAUAUGUAUUGUGAAUUAAACUUUAGAAUACACAGGUUACAACAAGAAGUAUACAGUAGAUCCCGGCCUAUUUGCGGGUCAGCAUUCGCUCCGAUGCAUAUUUACGGAUUUCUUUUCUCUGCUUCAAAUAAUAAAUGUAAAGUUGUUUUUUUUUAUGCUAACUUAAUAGAAAGUGGUUGAUGGCGCUAUCUGCAGGAGAAAAAAUGCAACAGGGGGCAAUGUCUCACAAUUCACUGCAUUUUCCAGCAGGAAGAUGCAUUGACAAGACUUUAUGUUGUGUAAUUGCACAUUUUUUAAGCACAAUAUUACUGUAUGGCCUGUAAUUGUUUGUGUAAAACAGAAUUUAAAAUGUGUUUAAUAGCUGUGAGAAGCAUAUUAUAGGGCUCAGAGUAUCCAAAAUAGGCAUUUUUGGGAGCAUUUUUAUGUAUGUGUCCAUUAUCCGUCAUUUUUGGCCAUUCACUGGGGCUCUUGGAUGGUAAACCUCUGCGAAUAGAAGGGAUCUACUGUAUUAGAUUGGUUACCUGUCAAGAAAUUGUCCCAGCUUUUUGGCGACAUGAGUUUGAAAUCCCUCGGUGACCUGGAGCUCGUUACCAUCGUGUUCAUGGUCAGCAACGACAACUCUGUUUCACAGCAGUACAAUAGUCAUCACAUACCUCACUCACAAAAACUUGGGGAUAUUCAGCUUUUGGGUGAAUUUUGCUGUUCCGCUCCUUGUUAGAGAACAGCAAAUUGUGCAAAAAGUACUUAAAGGAAAACUGCAUUUAAAAAAAUUUGCCCAUCAUCCACAAUCCUUAUGAGAGACAUGAAAACACAUAUCGUUCUCUUUUCUGGAUUGUUAGCACAAGGCAGCUAACAAUGUAGGUAAUGGGAUUCACCUAGUCUGUUUAUAAAGUCAUCUAUUAAAACACCUCCAAAAAUCUCCAAAGUUUUAUAGUUUUAUAUACAUGCUGUGACCAUGUAGUAACAGGUACAUUCAUAAUAACAUGUAAUACUUACAGUAAUUUGCUGUGUUUUGGUCAUUUUAAGUUUUACCAGAACUUUUAUCUUAAUUAUCUUGAACUACUGAACAUAAUUAAUUGGUUAAUUAAUCUUAGCGUAAUCCCGGGGCAAAAAUGUCACGUUUCGAUAAGGUUUGACAUGAGCACUGAUUAAAAGUUAAGUAAUCAUCCUACAUGUCUUUUAUUCUAGUCUGAUGUUGGCAUUCGUUCCGUUGUAUGAAUGGGUUGAAUUUAAUUAUCACUUAUGUGCACUCAUGAUGGCUAUGGUUUUGUGCAUAUUAAUUUAAUACCAAAUUAAAGAGGAAAGUUUAACAACCACAAUAAAGCAGUAUCCAGAGUGAAAAAAAUGCAUACAACAAAUGAUAAAGUCUCAUUUGUGGGGGAAUCCCCACUCACAGUGACAGGUUUUCACCUCUGCGCAGUGCGGGGAUUGGAUCACCAAUAUAAAUGAAAUCUUAAAUCACUUAUUUGUUCAUAUGAUGCACACAGAGCAAUGAACAAGUUCACGCUGAGUGUCCUUUCUGCGCCGUUCUCCUUGCGCUGUGAGGCGUCCAGGUGCACUCGUAAUUAUGAGCGUUAGGCGAUAAUUGUUUUUCAUUUUUAUUCCCCCAUGACAAUUAACGUAUCCCACUUUGGAAACCUAGGGCUUACAAUGUCCGCUCUCGCUGGGAGCAAACGAACAUCUCGCUCAGUCUCCCUAGUGAUGUUCAGAGGCAGUAUCCACUAGUUGACCAACUUUUCAGCUUAUUGCCACAGUGUUCUACUAUUUGCACAAUGAAAGUCCCCCUGCCUCUCACGCCCCACUAUUUGAGAAGCCCUGCCAUAUGGUGUCAUUAGAGGAGGUAGCAAUUAAACAAACAUCCAAAAAUACAGGUUAAAAUUUGAUUACAUCAGUAGUACUACUACUACUACUACUACUACUACUAAAUGCUGCCUGUGCAGAUUCCAUAAUGAACUUACCGCUUGGAUUGUUUCACAUUUCCAUUACCUAAAAAUAAAUAGAGACAGAACAAAUAAGAUAUUUUACAGCUCGUAAGCGUAAAAGUGGGGCAGCCAAAUACAGUAGA